GACAGCGCGUGUGUCACACGACCAUGGAUUGCCAGCAUCUAGGGGGAUCGAGAGUAUCAUGUUACCAAAUUCGGAGGUAAUUACGCAUAAUUUAGGUGUUCAUCCAAUAAAAAUCCACAAGUUGAGGGUCCCAAGGUACUUUGCCUUUUCUUUUUGUUCCAAAACUUCCAAAAGAAAAUUCUUGAUAAUACAGGGAAGGAAGUGGGGUUGUGAAAAAAAUGGAGGGGAAAAUAGAGAAGGAAAACAAGAGUGUGAAGAAGACGGUUUGUGAUGUGGAUGCUUUGAAGAAGUGUUUGGAAGAAAAUAAAGGUGACUAUUUGAAAUGUCAGUCUCAUGUUGAAGCCUUUAGGUCAUCUUGCUCUAUCAAGAAACCUAAUUCUUCUUCAGAAUACCCCCCAAAGUUCAGCUCUGGUGCGGAUUCUUGAUCCUGUGAUUAAAAAAUCAUGAUAUUUGAUACCUGAUAGCUGUGGUUAACCUUUGUUUUAUUGGAGUUUUUUUUUUUUACUUGCAAUAAGGUUGUUUUCUCGUUGAUAAAGUUGGUAAAGUUAUAAACUUGAAUGCGAUAAGAUUGGUUUUUUAAUGAAAAUUUUGAGCUUUUCUAAUUGUGUUGGGCAAGUGGUGAAAUGAGUUUGGUUUACUGUAAAAGAAGAGUCUUUCAAUUCUAAUUGCUGCCUCAAUAAGUGUUGCCCAUGGAUGGAGCUGACCAUCUGUUCUUGUAGACAUAACGGUCAGUUUAAUCGUACAGAUUGAUGCCUCAGGUUUCUACUGGGGAUUUUGUGUGUCUGUGUGUGUUUUGGGAAUCCCUGGAACCCCUUGUCAAACCUGCAGUGUGUGGAUGUAUUUAGCCAUUUUGAUUCAACAAUUUAUAUAUAUACAAAAGAACUUGUUUUUACUCUAUUAGCUCAGAGUAACUUUUCGACGAAGGAGAGUAAUUGACCCCCUUCAGUACACUUGGCUACACCACUGUCUACCAUCAGCUAUUGGUCUAGGACUUGAACGAUUUUAUAAGGCUCUAGUAUGAGUUUCUUUCAAGAUUUGCCUUUUGGAAAGAAAAUAACAAGUUGCUCAGAGGGUUGAUAAGUCUUGCUCAAGGGAUAAAAUAACAUUGUUCAGGGGUUAUAUUAACCCAUUCGGAUCAGGUGUUAUAUUACCAUGCUGUUUUAUUUGCUACCCCAGAAUUGUUGUGUUCCCAGUACCUAGAUUCCUGGUUUAUAAAGCUAAAAUUAUGGAGGUUACUGUGAAUGAAAAGCAAGUAAAAAAACAGUGUGCUUGAAAAGUUUGAUGCUGAGGGAUGUAUGGCUUACAAAGUAAUGCUUGCUCGAUCCUCAUCCGCCAUAGUCAUGCAAUGGAGGUUUAUGGGAGCAAAAUGGAAAAACUCUCCAAAAGCGUUGUUGAGGUCAUACUGAUGAGCUUAGGCCCUGAAUUUGAGCAGAAAUUUGCAUCUGAAUUUAACAAGUGUCAUGGCUAUCAUAGAGUGAUCAACUAUACUCCACCCGAAUUCACGAAACAAGAAGAAGUUGAAGGGCUAGGGAUGCACACUGACAUGAGUUGCAUAACAAUAGUGUAUCAAGAUGAAGUUGGUGGUCUUCAAGUGAGAUCCAAACAAGGCAAGUGGAUGGACAUUGAUCCUUGUCAAGACACACUUGUUGUUAAUGUUGGAGAUCUCUUACAGGCUUGGAGUAAUGGGAAAUUGAGGUCAUCUGAACACAGAGUUGUGCUAAAAAAGCCUGUAAGUCGAUUUUCCAUCGCUUUCUUUUGGUGCUUUGAAGAUGAGAAACUGAUUGUUGCACCAGAAGAGAUUGUGGGGAAUGAAAAUUUGAGGGUCUAUAAGCCUUUUGUUUGUGCUGAUUAUUUGAAGUUUAGAGAAAGCAAUGAGAAAGGCAAGUUUGAGAAAGUUGGUUUCACUGUCAAACAUUUUGCAGGUAAAUAAUCAUCAUGAUUGUAGCAUUUUCUUCUUUCGCGUUUGGUGUGUCUCUGGUGAAAAACAUUUCUUUGUACAAGUGAGGUUAUAAACAAUUAUACACAAUGGAGUUUGUCGUUCUUUUAUUUAAUGUCCUAAGUUAUGAUUCUAUGUAUGAUACCUUUUUUGUGAGUUUUAAGUUUUAUUACUUACCAUGUAAUAUAUUUUUACAUCAUCAAAUUAUAUUACAAAUAACAAGCACAGUUG